UAAAGCAAAUAAUUCAUAUUGGGCCGACUGGGGCCGGGAGCAAGCCUUAUAUUGCUUGCUUAAUUUAUUGUUUACAUUUUGUGUAAUGAUUUAACAGUCCGCAUGUAGCAUAUAAUGCAUAUUAUACACUUUAAUUGUGAGUUAGAAUAAGACAACAAUAGUUCUAACAGUCUCAAUUCAUGUUAACCGUUCACCGUGUAUUUAAAUGUACCAUCGAAAAGAAGAAGAAGACUCAUUAAAGAAACUUUACUUACCUUACCUUGCAAGAGAAAAAUACAAUAAAUUGAAAAUUAAAUUGUAUAUUUAAUUAAAAUUGUACACUCUUUGUAAGAAUGGAUACAAGCAAAAGUGAAGAAAAGCUGCUGGAGCACAACAAGGAAGAUGCAGCCGAAGAUGUCGCCAAUGGUCAUUUGAGUGAACCACCUCAGGCCAAAAUCCUCAAACGCCAGGAAAAGAAUGGGCCACAAACCAUAGAUUUGUCGUUGAGUAAUUGCUACACAUCCGAGGAGUAUGCAUUGCAGUUGCAGAAACAAUGGUUUUCUGAACAAAGUAAAGACUACAAAGACGAAACGACCGGCGUUGAAUUAUACACUAAUCCCUUUCAAAUAUGCCUGCUUCCCAAUAUGUUAAACAACACAGACAGCUGCAAGUUAUUAGUGGAUGAGAUGGUGAAAAAAGUUCAUUGGUCAAGAAAACAAAUGGAUCUGUAUGAAUUUUAUCAAAGUACUGAUUUGUCAAAUAUGAUUGAGUGUAAAUUCCUGGCCAACUUUCUGCAAAUGCUUCGUCGGUCAGUUAGACCAUGGUUGGAAAAAUUGACAAAUUUAAAGCUAGAUUAUGUGUCUGCAUCAUGCUCUAUGUAUACCUGCGGUGAUUAUCUUUUGGUACAUGAUGACUUGCUGAAGGAUCGUCAAAUUGCCUUCAUUUACUACCUCUCGCCCUGGGAGGAGAAUGAACUGUGGAACCAGGAGCAAGGAGGUUGUUUGGAGAUUUUUGCCAGUGACGACAAAUGCCUGCCACGAUUUCCAGUACAAAGAAAAAUAUCACCGAAAAACAAUCAAUUUGCCUUCUUUAAAGUCGGUUCAAAGUCGUUCCAUCAAGUCGGAGAAGUCACUACCUUCGAUUAUCCUCGCUUAACAAUAAAUGGCUGGUUCCAUGGUGCCUCCAAUGAGGAUCUUAUUGCCGAUGCUAUAAGACCUUUUGCGAAACUACAAUUUAAACCUCCCAUAUCUGUGAAUCCUCAAUCUUCCGUAGACCUUCUGUUGAAUGAGGUCUACCUAAAGCCCACAACUAAACGCAGUAUUCAAAAGAGAAUAGAAGACAAUUCAGAAAUUUGCUUAUAUGAAUUUUUCCGCAGGGAAAUAUUUGAAGAGGCCUUAAAAGAAUUACUCAACGACGAUAAGCUUAAAUGGUCACGACAAGGGCCGGCAAAUGUACAAAAUUUUGAAGUUCUCGAUUUGAAAACAGCUACCAAAACUCUAACACAAAUAAUUGAGCUAUUUUCAAACACUGAAAUGUUUAGCCUUCUACGGGACUACACAGACUUGGAUUUGUCUGGGCCGAAUGCCGCAAAUCCUCAAUUUACCUUAGAAAUCCAAAGAUGGUCACAUGGUGACUACACCGUUUUGGGAGAUGGUGCUAUUUGUGAAGAUAAUACCCUAGACUUAAUUUAUUACCUCAACGCGUCCGAGGGAGCAGCAAUUAUCACAUAUUUGUCUCCAGACACAGAACAAGCAGGCACAGGACAAGGACUAAAACAAACAGGUGGUGGUGACGAUGUUAGCGAUACUGAUUCUCUGGAAGGCGAAGGUUUUGAUGAUGACGACGAAUCGGUGCUGUUAACCAUCACACCCGUCGAUAAUGCCCUUAACAUUGUCUAUCGUUGUGAGGGUACAACGAAAUUUACAAAAUAUGUAUCACGUAAUACACCAUUGGAAAAUGGACCAGUUUUUGUUAUAUCCUGCAGUUAUAAGGAAUGAAAAAGCAGCGAACUGUACCACCCAAAAAUUUAUGAUUUAUUUUGAUCUUCUCGGAGAGAAGUGCCUGUUUUAUACGGAUAGAGUUUUUCAUUCAUUGAAAUGAACGACUUGAGUCAUUUAAGUGAUUUCCUAAUGUUUUUAUUUUGAACGAAAUUUAUUAGAUGUUCUAUUUUUUAUAUAGAGCGAGCAACAUGCAUACAUACAUACAUGUUUGUUAACACACAAAUGUUUAGCAUCUUUAUUGUAUACACACAAAUUGUAUAGAAAAAGAACCAACAACCAACAAUGUUUUUGAAUAAAGAAUAUUAAAAAAAAGAAAA